GGCUGCGGGCCGGCGGGCGGGGCGGGGCGGCCCGAGGCAGCAGCGCCCGCCGCGGCCCCAUGCUGCUGCCCCUGGCCUGCCUGCACGGCCGGGUGGCGCAGUGCCUCACGGCGCUCCUGGUGCUCGCAGAGCCGCCCCCCCGGCCCCGGCGCGGCGCCAGGGUGCACGGCGCGCCCCCGUCGCGCCCGGAGGCCGCCCUGCCCGCGAAGAUGGCCGCGGAGCUGUACCCGGCCGCCGGCGCCGCGGCCGCCACCGCCACGGACAUCGCGAACAGCAACGCCGCCGCCGCCGCCACCGCCGCCGCGGGCAGGAAGGGCCCGCCCAGCGCCCCGCCGCCUGUCCCGCCGCCGCCCGCGCCCGCGCCGCCCGCGCCCGACAACAACAACUUGGAGAGCCCCAACUGGCAGUCCUUCCACCCGACCCUGCGCGAGAGGAACGCGCUGAUGUUCAACAACGAGCUCAUGGCUGACGUCCACUUCAUCGUGGGGCCCCCGGGAGCGGCCCGCAGGGUGCCCGCCCACAAGUACGUCUUGGCCGUCGGGAGCUCCGUCUUCUAUGCCAUGUUUUAUGGCGACUUGGCAGAAGUUAAGUCAGAAAUCCACAUCCCCGACGUGGAGCCCGCAGCUUUCUUAAUCUUGUUAAAGUACAUGUACAGUGACGAGAUCGACCUGGAAGCCGACACGGUGCUGGCCACUCUCUACGCUGCCAAGAAGUACAUCGUGCCCGCACUAGCUAAAGCCUGUGUCAAUUUCCUGGAGACGAGCCUGGAAGCCAAGAACGCCUGUGUCCUCCUGUCCCAGAGCCGGCUGUUUGAGGAGCCCGAGCUGACCCAGCGCUGCUGGGAGGUCAUCGAUGCUCAGGCGGAGAUGGCUCUGAGGUCUGAAGGCUUCUGUGAGAUUGACUGGCAGACGCUGGAGAUCAUCGUGACGCGGGAGGCCCUCAAUGCCAAGGAGGCCGUGGUCUUCGAGGCCGUCCUGAGCUGGGCGGAAGCAGAGUGCAAGAGGCAGGGUCUGCCGGCCACCCCGCGCAACAAGAGGCACGUCCUGGGGCCCGUCCUCUACCUGGUCCGGAUUCCCACCAUGACCCUGGAAGAGUUCGCCAACGGCGCUGCGCAGUCGGACCUCCUGACGCUGGAGGAGACCCACAGCAUCUUCCUGUGGUACACGGCGGCCAACAAGCCCCUCCUCAGCUUCCCGCUGACCAAGAGGAAGGGCCUGGCCCCGCAGAGGUGCCACCGUUUCCAGUCCUCCGCCUACCGCAGCAACCAGUGGCGCUACCGCGGGCGCUGCGACAGCAUCCAGUUUGCCGUGGACAGAAGGGUGUUUGUGGCCGGGCUGGGCUUGUACGGCUCCAGCUCGGGGAAGGCCGAGUACAGCGUGAAGAUCGAGCUGAAGCGGCUGGGCGUGGUCCUGGCGCAGAACCUGACCAAGUUUGUCUCGGACGGCUCCAGCAACACCUUCUCCGUCUGGUUUGAGCACCCCGUGCAGGUCGAGCAGGACACCUUCUACACCGCCAGCGCCGUCCUGGAUGGCAGCGAGCUCAGCUACUUUGGGCAGGAAGGCAUGACGGAAGUGCAGUGCGGGAAGGUGACCUUCCAGUUCCAGUGCUCCUCGGACAGCACCAACGGGACCGGGGUGCAGGGCGGGCAGAUCCCGGAGCUCAUCUUCUACGCCUGAGGCGGCGUGGGUGCGCUGCGAGGGGCGCCGGGAGGAGGAAGGGACGUGCAGGAGGCUGUGCCACCCUUUCAUCCCCGCCGACUGCCUCGCGGACCUCAUUAAAGACCUUGCUGAGUUUGUA